AUCAGUAUAAGAUAAGAGUUGGCCGCAUCCAUUUUGAUCGUGUUGGCACAGGCUGUGCUCUUCAAAGAUGAACGGCCCAGGUUCCCGCAUGAUGACAUGCAUCUUCUCAGUAGUGCUGGUGACUUAUGUUCUCCAAGAAGUUGGUGCGGGGGAUUUACGACAAGUGACCGAACCCAAGAUCCCAGCGACCUGUGUGUCUUUGAAAGGGACUGGCGGGACCGAGACAUCGGUCCUCCAGAAAGCCCUCAGCUCCUGCGGCAAAGGAAAAGUUGUUCAUCUGGCAUCCGGUACAUUCGUCUCCGGUCCGCUGACCAUCCCUUCCGGAGUCGGCCUGUGGAUCGACAGCGGAGCGGUUCUAAAGGCCAGCUCGGACCCAAAGCUGUUUGAUAAAGGGAAAAAUUUAUGUGGCACGGUGAAUACUGUGUAUCAUGGGUGCUAUCCCUUUAUUCACAUGGUGAACGCAAUUGGCAGUGGAAUUUAUGGAGAAGGGACAAUCGAUGGCCAGGGUGGCAUCAAGCUGACCGGGAAAACCCAGAGCUGGUGGGACCUGGCCCAUGAGGCAAAGUUGAAGAAGGAGCACCAGAACAACCCUUUCCUAAUAGAAAUAGAGAACUCGAAAGACGUCGUCUUGUACCAAAUAACUAUUAAAAAUGGUCCUAACUUCCAUGUCGUCGUAAGCCAGACCAACGGCUUCACGGCAUGGGGGGUCACCAUCGCCACGCCUUCCACGGCCGGCAACACCGACGGGAUAGACCCGGCGGGGUCGCAGAAUGUCACCAUCGCCCACUGCACCAUCAGCACAGGAGAUGACAAUGUGGCUAUCAAGGCGAGCAACGGUCCGUCCAGACACAUUUCUGUGCUGAACAGUCACUUCGGCUCGGGUCACGGCAUGUCGAUCGGAAGCGAUAUAAACGACGGGGUGAGUGAUGUGACAGUCAAUGCGCUGACGCUGCAUGGCACAACCAACGGGCUGAGGAUCAAGAGCGACCGGUCGCGUGGUGGCCUGGUUACCAGCGUCUCAUACUCGGAUGUCUGCAUGCAGAACGUCGUCAAUCCUAUUGUGCUGGACACUGCUUACAGCCCCACUGCCACAGGAAACUUGAUACCGGAGUAUAAAGAUAUUACUUUCAACAACAUUAGGGUAUUAACAGCUGGAAAAUUUACCUUCGAUGGAUAUAGUGACGCGAAACCAAUCCAAGUAACAUUGAAUAAUGUACACAUCAAGAAAGGUUCCAAGUGGGUGACAAAAUAUGCUAAGAUUAGUGGCAAGUAUUUUGAAGAUGAAAAUGGAAAUAAAUGCUAAAAUAUUAGGUUGAAUAUGUUUAAGAAAUAAUAUUUUUUUAGAGAAUGGAUAAAUUGUCAUGAUAACAUAUAUUUUUAAUGACUUCAUGAAGUCCCCUCGAAAUACAAUUUGUUCUUAAAGUAAACCCCUUUCUUAAUACAUAGUUAAUUAUUAAUGCAUGUAGCUACUCCAGUAGAAAAAAAGAUAUUUUAUGUAUUGCAAUUGAAAUAAUUGAAUAUUGAAUUUAUA